AUGGUACGUCAACGAAGAGAAAAUACGAACGAUGAAAGUGAGAAAGAACAAUCUCGAGCGAUCACUUCCACUAAGAAAAAUGAUGAUGGAGCUAGCUCUAGUAACAAAAAGGGGAAAUCAAAGAAAGUGGUUCCUAAGGUAAAAGUUACGGUGCCCCCUUACACGACUUAUCUCAAGGCGCUUCAAAAGUGUGACAUGGUCCCAACCAAAUAUGUGGAUAAAGAACUUCUUGGUCAACUUGGAAUUCUCGAUGAUGUGGAAGCAAUCAUGAACAACAUGGGGUUUGACUACAUUCUUCACAAAGGAAUAUCCAUCUUACAAGAAUCCCACUCUCCAAUUCCUUGCAUCCAUAGCGGUGACGGUCAAUUACCAAACUCGGAAACCUGA